CCACGCCCACCAGCCCACCCUUCCCCUCUUCUACAACCACAGCGAGCUCGCCGACGGCGGCGUGUCCCUAGACAUCUUGGCCUCCGACCACCGCGCAGCAGGGGCCGCCGACCGGUUCCAGACCGUCGCGCGGCUGAAAACGGCUCCCCCAGCGCUCGCCUGCGACACUUCCCCCUUCUAUCUGGAGGCCUCCUGCGACGGCCUCCUCCUCCUCAGCACCGAUCUUGAUUUUUGCCAUCUGCAACCCGGCAACUCGACAGUAUGCUCCCCUCCACCAGCUCGAUGGCUUGUGUCCCCAUGGGAUGUACCCUACCGCCGGCGGCGGCGAGUACCGACUGUUGCUGUGCCGGUUUGAUGAUGGAGAUCCACUUGCCAUGGAGUACUACGUUUUCACAAUAGGCUCUGCCCAGCCGCCCAGGCGCAUACCUUCUCCCAUAGGGUGCCCUGAACCGCCAGAUCGCCCCGGAUUGCUAUUCAAAGGCAGCCUAUACUGGCACACAGGCAGUGAAAUAGUGGUAUUCGACACCACCAAUGAGUCCUUCAGGCACAUCAGAUCCCCGUAUUUUCCGGGUUGUAUUGCUCAACUGUUUGAGACUGGUGGCAUGCUUGGCAUCUUCAUUUAUGAUGAUCAAAAGACAUCUAUGUAUAUCUUUGCGUUGCAGAAUCAACAAAGCGAGCGAUGGAAUUUCAAGUCUUAUGUUACAUUACCGGUUGCGGAGACCAGGCAGCAUUGUCAGUGUCCCGACCAUCGAGAGAGUGUGACGGUUGUGCCUCGGGACGGUGGGUUGCUCAUUCUGCUCAAGUGUGCUGCCUGGCUGUUUCAAGUUGAUGGCGAUGGCGGGGUUAUUGUCCAUGGCAAGUUGAUUGCAAGUUUCCGUUACUCAGACAUCAUCAUGUCUGGCCAUUAUUUGCUCAAGCAAACUCUUGUUCAGCAUACCUUCUUUCCAACACUAGAGGGUUAUGUUGCCAACGCUCUACCUUUCAUCUGACCUGACCGGCGAUUGUGUUGUCGGUACUAAGAGGGCUGUUGGGUGUGGUCCUGUUUCUUACAGCAGUAUGUAUUAACUAGAUCCCUGGUUAUAUAUGUUGUCAACAACUCAGCCUUUCAUCUGAGACCUGUCGACCGUGGCAGUGUUUCCUGUCGGCCUAGCUCUCCGUAUCCACAUGAGCUACAUCAUGUAUUAACUAGAUCCUUGGUAUUAUGUUGCGAACACUUAGCCUUCUAUCUUAGAAGAGGUGUCGGGUGGGGUGGUGUUUUUUAUCGGCCUAGCUCUCCGUAUCCACAUGAGCUGUAAUAUGUAUUAACUAGAUCCACUAUUAAGCUUCUUUGUUGAUGUAUAACAAAACGUAUGCUCAACAAGUUGUGACUGUUAGAUGUAUGUUUUGUGCUAUAUUUCAUUGAACAUCAUUUUGUGUUG